AUGAAUCCUAAUUAUCAAAUGAAUUAACAGAGAAACUAGUAAUAAUAACAAUAACAAUAGUAGUAGAUAGAGAAUUAUUCUCAGGAUGGAGGAAGUUUGUAUAGUGAAUAGUAGGAAAAUGGGGAUUAAUCAGAGGAGUAAGGGUAAUAAGAUUAAGGAAAUUUUGUCUAAUAAAAUGUAGCUCCACCUCCUUUGACAGAACAAUAAUUAAAAGAAGAAAUAAGCUUAUUUUUUAAUAUAUUCGUAAAUCCGCCACUUAUUUUUGGUUGUCUGACAGCAAUAGCAUUUGAAAAUAACCAGAUAAUUUACUAAAAUUAGAACAUUUAACAAGCAUUUACUUAUUCUUCGCUAUUAUUUUACUCUGUUAUGUCUUUAUGCUAUUGUUUUCAGUUCUUCAAAGCUCUAAGAUACUCAAAAUUUAAUUGGAAAUAGCUAAGAUUCAUAAACUACUUUGGGUUUUUUUCAAUUUCAUUACUGAUGAUUAUUUUUAUUAUUAAUGGCAUCUUAUAAAAGAGAUAUUUUGAUCUAAGAUGGUCUAGAAUGGCAGUAACUCUUCUCAUGCUUAGCUAAUAUGUCCAUUUUACUAUAAAAAGGUUUUAUGGGGAGUUUGAUAUCACACUUCCUGCUGUUUUUAAUAGAAUUUACUUUUUAGUAAUUCCCCUAAACGAUCAUGAAAAGGAAAAUGCAUUUGUUUCUCUUACUGAAAUAUAUGUAAAACUUAAAUAAUGCUGUUAACCUCUUACACUCAUUUAUUUCUUAAUUUAAAUUGUCUACCACAUGAAAAUGUACAAGUGGGCACCACCUUUUUAGUAAUUAUCACCACCAUCCCUUGAUGUAGAAUACGGACAUGAAUAGUACUUAUGGAUAGCAAUUGACUAAUAAAGAACACUUUAGAUGUUUAGCUUAUUUAUAAUUCUCGCUUUGCUCACUCUUGGCUGCUCUCCUUAUUUUGGGAUAUCCCAUGAACAUCAGAGCAGACUUCCAUAUAUUUUUAUAUUCUUACACUACACAACUUAUAUUAUGACAUACAAAUUCUAUCUAACUGGCCAGCUUUUGACUGGUGAUUCUACUAACAUAGAAAAAAUAUUGACUCCAAUAAUUAUAAUCACAAUUAUUCCACUAUUUUGCACUCUUUUUAUAAAAAGAGCACUCACGAAACUUUAUCGAUUACCAUCUACAGAUUAAUAGUAAAUGUAACAACAUUAAAUAGAGUUAUUUUCUUAAUAUAAACUAGAUUUCCCAAGAAACUAUCCAGAUCCACCAGAAUAUGUGUCUUCGAUUUAACAAAAAUAAUAGCAAACGUAUCAGCUAGUAACAGCUGAGCAAAUUGGAAUAUGUUUUGUAUUAUUUAUCUACCAAUUUGUAAAUCUAAAUUAGUUAUACUCUACUCAUUAGCAAGAAACAAUAGGACCAUAAAUACAAGGAUUUUACGAUUUGAUGGUAGAUAUCAAUGUUUACAUAUUUAUAAUUCACACAUUUAUCUAUCAAGUAUUAACCCAAACAGCCGAAAAUAUAUUGAAUUAAACAGAAUAUGGAAUUUUUAGUUUCUUAUUUUUAGCAAAUUAUGUCUUAACGCUAUAGUGGACAUUAAUUUGUUUCUUAACACUAAUCAUUCUUACCUCAUACAUCAUGAAUUUUACUGAAUAAGAUACAGUAUUUCAUAUAGGGCCAGCCAUUUCCAUAUUAUGGAUGCUCUUAAUUUAUUCUAUCAAGCAAGGUGCAGUCCCAAAAAUGAUUUAUGAGUACGCUAAAUUUGUUAAGAUACAGUUUUUCUAAGGUUAGUUACUCCAAAGACUAGACAUUCAUAAUAAUAUAAUGGAAAAUUUAAACAACAUGAAUGCUAAUAACUAAUAAAACUAAUAACAAAAUAUCAACAGCAAUAGCAAUUUAAUUAUCAAUCUAAUUAACAAUAAUAACAACAACAACAAUAAUAAUAAUGUAAACAUAGUUUUUUUAUGA